CAACUAUGACAAAUAUAAAGAAUAUAGUGUAAAAUAUAAAUAAUUUUGAAGUUAGGUUUGAAGUUUUACUUUUGGAGAAGAAUACAUUGAAACUUCAAAUAUAGAGUUUUAGAAACUUUAAAAUAGAGUUCCUUUUUGGAGAUGCUUUUAGGACGAGAGAGAAGAGAAAGUUCAAUAAAGUGUCGCUCAUGUAUUUCGUGGUAAGAGUAAAUGAUAUUUCAGAACUCCUUAGUGAUUAAAUUUUGAGUAGGACCCAUUUCAUUCACCACUUCAGCUACUUCUACAAUUUUGUUACUACUAGAAUCGAUUUUAAUUUUUUUAACAUAUAGUAUAAAGGAAAUGUCAUCCUUCGAAGCCCUUUAGAUUCUUCUUCUAGUACAACACCUUUUCCAGUUUAUGGAUAUAUUCACUUUUUCUUUUUUGUCACUGGAUAUAUUUCACAUUUUACCAUUGAUAAGUAACAGAGAGGUAUACACAUAGUUAUAUAUACGACCAUAUAGCCGUGCCCUAUUGACAACCAUUACAUAGACGAGAGGCGUGUACGCAUGUAAGGGUAGGUGCGAUGCAGGCAGAAAUUAUGGAAUUAGUUGUUUGUCGUGCAAAUGUAAUAGAAAGAGAAAAAUAUGUAAUAAUCCCUCUAUUUCAAAAAUAAUGUCAUUUUAAAAUUUCUUUUUGUUUUUAAAAAAAUAUUAUUCUAUAUUUCUAACGCAAAUUUUUCAUUAAAUAUUUUUCUUACCUUUUUAAAUAACCAUAUAAUAAAUGAGAGUAUAUUAAUAUAUUUUAUCAUAUUUUUAAUCCACGUGAAAUGCAGUAUAAGUGACACUCUUCGAAACAGAAUGAGUAAUAUUUUUAAAAAAUAUUGAUAGAGAAAAGAAGAAGGUAAUGGUUGAUCAUGCUUUAUAUAUUUACUUCAAACUUCAAGGUUAAUAUUCUUUUUUGAAAAUAGUAUUUAACAUAUACAUGAUGUAUAUGAUUGUUAUUGUUCUUUUCUCUUAUCAUUAUGGAUUUUCAUUAAUUUCGUUAAUUUCUUUUAAAGGGCAUCUCUAAUGGUUUACAUCAUUGUUUUCUUCAAAAUUAUGUAAACUCAAAAUGAAUUUGUGUUUUACUUCAAUGGUUUUUUAAUUUUAUUGUUUCCCUCGAAAAUAAAGAAAUUCCUACAAAUACCACAUUCAUAAUAUCAUUUUUCAUGUUUACACUAACCACUUUUACCUUUACUUAAAAACAUAUUUAAAAUUUUUUUGAAAUAGUUUCAAACAUGAUUUUCAAAAGAAAUUUUGAAAAAAGAUUAUAAAAAGUUUGAAUUUGAAAAAGUAUAAUUCGAAAACAUAAAAAAAUUAUUUAUUUUUUUUUAUUUUUUUAUUUAAAUAGUUAUUUAUUAUAUAUAUAGAGAACAAGUGUAUAAGAGUCUUUUGCCACUUAAUGAAUAUGACAUCUGAAAAUGUCCAUUUAGUAAUGGUAAAGACCAGGUUCUAAAACGCGGCCGCCGACACUGUAUACACGCCGGAAAAUCGGUCGGCAGGAUGACGCCGCCGUGAUUUCAAUGUAUUAGGGUUAAAAAUCGGAAAACGUAAAUAAAUCAUAUUUCCUUGUUAUACGAUUGAAAUCAAGUGUAAAUAUGUUAGCUUUACAUUAUUAAAGUGUAAAAUAUCAAAAGAAAAUGUAAGAAAGAGUGAAAAAAUGGUCUAAAAAUGGCUGACGACUGAGAUGCGUACGUUAUGUCCUUUUGACCCUUCAUUUAACUCUAAAUAAUAAAAAAUUAAACAGCGGGCUGGCUGCGGUUCGAACAAGUUACCUCAAAGGAAAGAAAAAGACUUUCCGCCGCUGCACCAUGCAUAAUAAUGUGAAAGAAUAUGCAACACAAUUGUCUAUAUUCCUAAAUAUAUGAAAAAUAGUUCUAAAACUAAUCCCCGAUUAAUCCUCGUGUAAUUUCCGAUUAAUCGAUUAGGCGCUAAGCCCAAGUCAGCCGCACGCGUUACGCCUAGCGCAAUUUCGAACAUGGGGGUAAAGAUGAAUAAUGGUACUAUGAAAGUGGUAAACAUAAAAUUCCCCCUCAAAAAAUAAUAUUCUUCAAUACUAAAUUUUAAUUCUAAUAAUACUUAUUAUUUAAAAAACUUACAAAUUUUGCCCUUUUUUAAUUUUAACUAAAUAUUUUUAUGUACAUAAAUUUAGCUAAAAGAAUGUAAAAUGAUUUAUAUAAACUUAUAAUUGUAUUAUGAAAGUAUUAAUAAUUCUGUUAAAAUGUAAAUAAUACAAGUAUUAAAUUUUGUAAAUAAAAAAAGAGUUAAAGGAAAUUUUAAGGAUCAAAUUGUAAAUAAAAAGUCUAACAUCAAAAUGAUGUACCAUUAAUUGGAGAAUGGUUUCUCUCAUUUUUUUUUAUCUUUACCCUCAAAAAGACUAUUUGAGAUCUCUAAGAAUCUCAUCAACACUACCCCUAGAUGUAUCUCAGAGAACCAUUAAAUGCUCAAUCGGAGAUAGGGCUUUAGAGCUGCUUUUAGUUCAAAGCUACAAACGUAGGGUUUUGUUUUUUAACCUUCUCUGGAUCGAUCAUAGGACGUAGGUGUAACAUUUAGCCAUUUAGGGCAUACUGUGUUUUGGUCCCCAUUGAGACUCCUACUGUUUAUAAAACUCAUAACUACACGAGUCGUCAACAUAUAGAUAUGCAAGCUUGUACACGCGUUUUCUAUAUAUAUUAUGUGAAUAUGCGUUCUUAAAUAUAUAAUUCAUAUGUGUUAUCUGAUGCGUUAUGAUGUUUUUAACCUAAACUCGUUUGGUCCAGCCAGAGCCGUGCGAGCGUUUAUGGUUGUCCGAAGCCACAUAAAAAAAUUCAGUAAAAAUAAUAAUACAUAUUACAGUAGAGAAUAAACAUAUAGAUAAUAUAAAUUCCAAAAAUAUUAAUUAUAUAAGAAUUUUAUUUUUGAAAAAAAACAUUAAUCAAGUAUGUAUCAUUCAAUUUUGUAACUAUUUUUUAAGAUAAAAUAAAACAAAUUACUCAAGAUUUUUUUUCAUAAUUAAAUAAAGAUAAAUUUUCUAACUUCAGUUUUUUAAUAUUUCAAAAAUGCAUUUAAAACUAUAACCGGCAAUAUCUAAGUAUUCUAAUUCUUUAACAAUUAAAAAUCAUCUACAUUGUUUGUUACCUAGGAAAUCCAUGUUUUCACUAUAAACCCAACUUUUUAAUCCUAAUUAUCAUAGUGUUUUCAUGUAUAAACUCAAGUUCUUAUAAUUAUAUUAUGCCUCUAAAAUAAUAUAUGAUGCCCUUGAUCUUUAAAUAUUUUUUGAUGCCCAAAGAGAAAGUUUCAUUUUUAUGUAUUGUGGCACGGCACUGGGUCCAGCCCCUGUUCGGAACUACCUUAGGUGCUAGUCGGACGGUCACUACGGGUCUAACGAGUUACUAAAAAAUUGGGGAAUAUGCGGAGCCUAGUUUUUAAUACAAUUUAAUAUAUUUAUAAUGUGUUUAGUUAACAAACAUAAAUAUAAAAGUUCAUAGACAUGUUUAUAUGACAUUUAUAGAUAACCAUAAUUUUCUAAGUAUACAUCUGAUUCAAAAAUUACAGAAAAAUGGCAAUUCAUGGGAUAAACAAGUCUUGAUCUUCAGAACAUACAAAAAAAAACAUAAAAAAAAAGCUUCGGGCAACCAUAAACGCUCGCACGGCUCUGACUGGACUAAACGAGUUUAGGUUAAAAACAUCAUAACGCAUCAGAUAACACAUAUGAAUUAUAUAUUUAAGAAUGCAUAUUCACAUUUAAUCGGGGCGUCUAGCUCUAGUGGUAAAGAGCUCACAGCUGUGAGUGUCGCGGCCACUGCGGAUUUCACAUUCGGGCCGCAGCGACACAGAUUAGUCUCUUGGGUCUAGGAAGUCUUCGGAGAAACCGUGUAUAAUCAAAAAAAAACAUACAAAAAAAAAGGUAAAAAGAUUGCUGGUCUUUAUUUUACAACAUAAACUAAGCUAAUGAAUCUUGUUGGUUUCUUUACGUAGUAGGUUUAAUGGGCAAUUUUUAACUUUUGCUAAUGGACAAUUAUUAAGUUAUUGGGCUUAUGUACAUUAACGAGUUGAAUUAGGCGGGCGCGUAACACAUUUAUGCGGAUAAUGCGGGAAUUGAUCGGACAACCGCGUAGAGCCACCUAAGUGCACCUCCACGCCACGGCUUGGCUCUGGCUAACGACUAGGCGGCCACUUACACGGUUAAGGCGCCCGCGUUUUAGAACAGGAGAUCUAACCAACUAAAAGAGUGUUAUUUAUUGGAACGAGAUCUUAAUUAGAGCAUGGUACUAUAUUUGAGAUAAAUAUGGUACCAUACUCUAUAAUUCAAAUAUUUUUAAAAUUACUGUCUUGGUUACAAGAUUACGGAUGUGACUGGCUAUUGAUAUAGAUAUUUUCUACAGCCACAAUUAUACAUAUAGUCUUAAAUCUACAUCAAUUUUAAUUUGUAUUCUUUUUAAAGUUUACAGUUUUUUUUUUAAAUCCACAGUACUUAUUUUUCUCAAAAACAAAUAUCUAUAGUUCAAAUUUAAAGAUUUUAAAAAAUUAAAAUUUUAAAACCAAAGCAAAAAAAUCACAGCAAUAUUUCAACAGCCAAAAAAUAAAAUCGUAGUUCAGUACCAACACCUACAUGCCAAAGACUUCCGCCUUAAAAAUCACUUGAAGCGAGUUUUGAGUCGGUUGUGCUCUCAUAGGCUAAAGCCUUACAAUUCCACCACGGAGAUAACAAAAAUGGUACUGCAUAUUAUCAAUUUAGUUACGAAAUAUUAUUAAUACAGUAUUUAUUUAUUCUUUCGUUAUUCAUCAUAUGUUUAAAAAAUAUUAGUGUGUCUUACAAAUGACCAUCCCCCGCGAAUCCUCCUAUAUAUUUGUAAAGUUAUAAUAUCUUUUAGUAUUAACCAAAAAAACAGACCAUCUAGAAUCCACGGUCGACAUAGUAAAUGAAAAGAUCAAACUCCGCAAAUAGAUACUUUUUAAAAAAUAUAUGAAAGUAUAUGUCAAUGUGAAAAGAUGAGUGUAUAUGCAAGUAUGAAAGUAUAUGUCAAUGUGAAAAAUAUAUGAAAGUAUAUAAGUGUGCAUGUGGAUGGAUGAAGAAGUAAAUCUCGGGCACGGAGAAGGCGUGUCCGAUCAUUGAAAGCCGCCCGCCAUCUUUAUUAUAGUUGGUUCCCAAGUACUGGUCUCUGCUCAACUUGCAGAUACUUUGUUUCAUGAACUAACUCUCUUUGUUCUCUCAUUCUCAAUUUUAACUCAAUUACUCUUUAGAAGGGUAAUAAAUUUCACCAUUUAUACAUUCCUUUGUGCUUCAAAAAAAAUACAUUUCUUUAGUGUCUCGACCUGUUGUUUGUUUGUUUUUUUUUUUGAGCAAUCGCCAGCUUUUGACUUCUUAGUUUAGACUACAUGAAGAAUAUAACCAACGUUUCGUUAUAUCAUACCAUAUCAUAAUAAAAUAAAUUUAUUUCCAUCGAUUUUUUUUUUUUUUUGCUUUUUUGCAUGCAUAUAUACUGAUGUCAGAAGCAAUGGUGUUAUAGAAUUGUUGAUUUUGAUUUACGAAAUAAAUAGAGGAAGACAAAAGUGUACGAAUAUAUGGAUAACAUCUUGGAUCCGAGUCAAAUCUCAAACUAAUAUCAUACAUGCAUAGUUAAAAUUUAGUUACAUUACUAUGUUUGAUAUAUACGAUCAUGUUAUUAAAAACAAGAUGUAGUUUUCAUUAUUUCAUGGAUAUAUACAUGCAUAAGCACUGAACUAAAAAGAAACACCAAUUACUUCCUUAAUUAACUGAUGUUGUCUUUCAAUCAUCGAACUCUGCUUUUUUUUUUAUAUCUUGAUCUCUAUAAAUCGAGCUAGAAACAAACCUAAUUAAGGAUAAUAGAUCGACCCUUUACUAAAAAGACAUUGUCAUUUUACCAAAAAAAAAGACAUUGUCAGGUAAACAAUAUCUGACAGCCAACACAUUAACUUCAAACCUAACGUCUACCUGGCUUUGUCUUGGCUCCAUCUUCUUAAAUUUUUGUUCAUUUUCUAUAAAAAAAUUAAUUGGAUUAUUAUCAUUGAUAUAUACGGAAAAUUACAUAUAUUCAUGUACAAAAUAUUUCAAUUUUUUUGAAAGGGAAAGUUCAAAUGAAGGGUGGCUCCUCAAGAAUCAAUUUUGAUUUUGAAGAGACAAAUUGAGGCAUGACUAGUAUGACAUCAAGUAUUUACACUGCCUUAGAUCUAUUCCUUGUUCUUUAUUUUCUUAAAAACAAAUUUGUGUUCUCCUUGUAUCAACUUAACGAUGAACUUAAAAAAGAGGUGUGUAUAUGUAUGUAUACAUAUUGUAUUUUUUUGUGAUAUUAUAUAUCUAUUCUACUAAAAUAAAAGUCACAACCUCAUUUCAUGUGUAAUUUUUUAAGUUGAACCAUCCCUUGGAAAAUUACUUAAAUGAAUUUUUGUAUAAAUAUUUGAAUUAUUUUAAAUAUUCUAAAAAAUCAAAUAGAUAUUCCCAUUUUUUCUGAAUAAAUAUUUUCAUAUCUUUAUAUGUACAAUAUAAACAUAUUGUACAUUAGUUUGGAUUAUUUACCUAGAACCAGGGGAGGACACAGGAUCAUAGAGAAAACGAAUAUUAAUUAAAAGGUUAAAUAAUUAAACAUAGUAAUUUUAAAAGGGUGUAUGCACAAAUACCAAACUUGUAAGGAAGUAUUUGCCAAAAGUCAGUUUGAUUAAUGUUACCUUGGCUAAAACUAGUGAAAGCCAAGUAUGUGCUGACUGCUAAGUGGAAAAAUUGCAGUGUAGAACUUUAUGUAAGUUAAUGGGAAUAAUUGAUCCAUAAUGCGAAUGUACAACAUAUCAUUCAAUUGAUUGUCUCACGAGCGAAGGCGCUAAAAUAAAUGUGAAUUCAGUAAAUUUCAAAUAAGUUUUUCUUCCCUUCUUAGAUAUGUCUACUCGAAAACAGGGUAUGGUCGGACCAUUCCUAACCCAUAUUAUACAUGUAAAAUAAAUACAAAAGAACGUACAUGUCCGUGUUUGUGUGCCUUACAUAUUUGCGUGGACCAAAAUAACAAACAAUUAUACCGAUCUCGUGAUUAAUGAAAACUUUACCCCUUUGCAUAUAUGCAACCUUUAUCUCUCUAAUAUAAAGUAUACGAUCAAAUUGUACCCUAUAUAUAUGUAUAUUUAUAUCUAAAACAUAAAUGACACACACCAAAAAACCUAGAUUCUCCCCAAAUUUCAUCCAACGGCACAAACCGCAUAAAUAAAUAAAUAAUAGCCCUAUCAAAGUAUAAUAAUAAAUAUUGAAACUGGAUAGCUAUGGUUUAGUCCUCGAUGAAUGCGAAUCCCUAAUAUUUACUCCUUUUAGCAUACACUCUUUCUAUUUCUCUCUCUCUCAACUUGAUAUGUCUCUCUGCGUCUCUUUCUUUCUCUAAAUCUUACUUUUACUUUACCUUUUUGUAUACAACCAUAUGACAAAACAACAAACGAGGAAGAGAUAGAGAGAGGGAGCGAUAUUUCUAGUCACGAUGCAGGAGAUAAUACCGGAUUUUCUUGAAGAAUGUGAAUUCGUGGACACUUCACUAGCCGGAGAUGAUCUGUUUGCUAUCUUAGAGAGUCUUGAAGGCGCUGGAGAGAUAUCUUCCACUGCUGCAUCUACACCUAAAGAUGGAACCACAAGUUCCAAAGAGUUAGUAAAGAAUCAAAACCAUGAAACUUCAUCUCCUAAAAAGAAGAGGAAAAGACUAGAAACUGGGAAAGAAGAAGAAGAAGACGACGACGAUGGAGAAGGAGAAGAAGAAGAAGAAGAAGAUGAAGAUAAUAAGCAAGAUGGGCAACAAAAGAUGUCUCAUGUAAACGUGGAACGUAAUAGAAGAAAGCAAAUGAACGAGCAUUUGACCGUUUUACGUUCUCUUAUGCCUUGUUUCUACGUCAAGCGGGGGGACCAAGCAUCGAUUAUAGGUGGAGUUGUGGAAUACAUAAGCGAGCUACAGCAAGUUCUUCAAUCCUUAGAAGCCAAGAAACAACGUAAGACCUACGCGGAAGUCCUAAGCCCGAGACUAGUCCCAAGCCCUCGUCCUUCACCAAAUGUUCUAAGCCCGCGAAAACCGCCUCUUAGCCCUCGUAUCAGCCACCAUCAUCUCCUUCUCCCUCCCAUAAGCCCUCGAACCCCUCUGCCCACAAGCCCAUACGGAGCCCAUCCUCCGCAACUACCACUCAUCCCACAGCCUCCUCGUUCUUACUGCUUAGGGGACCCACCUCCAUACUCCCCAGCUUCAUCUUCUUCUUCUCCUUCAGUCAGUAGUAACCAUGAGAGUAGUUUAAUAAAUGAGCUUGUUGCUAACUCAAAGUCAGCUUUGGCUGACGUGGAAGUGAAGUUCUCAGGAGCUAAUGUGCUGCUCAAAACGGUAUCGCAUAAGAUCCCAGGACAGGUUAUGAAGAUAAUCGCUGCUCUUCAGGAUUUGUCUCUCGAGAUUCUUCAGGUUAACAUUAACACCGUCGAAGAAACCAUGCUUUACUCUUUCACCAUCAAGAUUGGAGUUGAGUGCCAACUAAGUGCAGAAGAAUUGGCUCAACAAAUUCAGCAAACAUUCUGCUAAUAAAAGAAGGAUUAGAUACAUCUUCAAAUAAACUCUAACGAGAGAUCAGUACGUACUCACUUUCUCUCCUCACGAUCCUUUUAAUUAUCUCCAAAUAUUUCUACAAAUAUAUGGUUUCAUUUUGAAUAGUAUUGUUAUUUAAAGUUUGAACAAAUAUUAUUAAGUAUAACCAAUAUAAAUGAGGUUAACUUCCUCACAUGUUUUUCUCUCUGUAAGCUUAGAGUUAGGUGACAGUACUCCUACCAUGUAACUUUAUGCUUCAUUACAUCGAGCAUUGUAGCUGUAAUUGCUUGUGAAUGAACAACAGUGUAUGAGUUUCUCGUGGAUUUUCCUUGAUGUUUUUCUU